AUGUCCACCAGAAUUAUCAAUGGAAGGAGGCCCAAGAACAAGCGCAUCGAACGCGCUCUGCUGAAGAAGGAGCCUAAGGUAAACGAGAAUGUGAAAUCGGCAAUGUUUCUUCGCGGACCCAAGACCAGCGAAAUCAUCAACCAGGUUAUCGCCGACAUGUACACAUUGAAGAAGCCCCACGGAAUCAAAUUUCACAGACGCAACGACACGCGACCUUUCGAGGAUCAGGGCUCCAUCGAGUUCUUCUCGAACAAGAACGACUGCAGCCUCAUGGCUUUUGGUUCGCACCAAAAGAAGAGGCCCCACAACCUCGUGCUGGGCCGGUUCUUCGAUCACCAGGUUCUCGACCUCAUUGAGCUCGGCGUCUCGAACUUCAAGUCUAUCCAGCAGCACCCCGGAAACCUCUCGUACACGGUGGGCUUCAAGCCUUGCUUCGUGUUCCGUGGCCCUGAGUUCGAGCAGAAGGAGGAGUACAAGAAGUUCGCCAAUCUGCUGCUUGAUAUCCUUUCCACCCUUCUGCCCUGCCUCCCUGUUGCUGCCGCGCUGCGCUUUCCGUUGCUCUCCCCUGUCACUUCGCCCAUUGUCCUUAACUCGGCCGUACAUUUCUACCGAGGAGAGGUGACUGACCAGAUCAGCCUCAUGGGUCUGGACCACGUGUUCGUGUGCACUGCCGUGGAGGGAAAGAUCUACUUCCGUCACUACAGCAUCAACCUGAAGAAGUCCGGCACAAACUUGCCCCGAGUGGAGUUGGAGGAGAUUGGCCCGGCCAUGGAUCUGACGAUCAGGCGCACUCGCUUCGCGGCUCACGAUUUGAUGAAGGAGGCCCUCCGACAGCCACGAGAGCUCAAGAACAGGAAGGUCAAGAACCAUCCUGGCACGGUCAUCAACGUGCACAAGGAGAAGCAGGACCUCGGCCAGAUGCAGACCAGAAAGAUGAAGGGUCUCAAGCGAAAACGGGCAGAGGGCGCCGCCAACGGCGAGGCUGACGGCGAGGCCAACACGGAAGUGGCCGCCGCGGCGGAGAAGGACACCACCCCGAAGAAGAAGCGCGCCGACGAGUAA